GUCGUCCAGUUUGACGAGGGACGGAACAACUUCGAGGGGGAGGUCACCAAGGAGAAGCUGCUGGACUUCAUCAAGCACAACCAGCUGCCGCUGGUCAUCGAGUUCACCGAGCAGACGGCCCCGAAAAUCUUCGGAGGUGAGAUCAAGACACACAUCCUGCUGUUCCUGCCCAGGAGCGCGGCCGACCACGACGGCAAGCUGAGCGGCUUCAAGCAGGCGGCCGAGGGCUUCAAGGGCAAGAUCCUGUUCAUCUUCAUCGACAGCGACCACGCCGACAACCAGCGCAUCCUCGAGUUCUUCGGGCUGAAGAAGGAGGAGUGCCCGGCCGUGCGGCUCAUCACGCUGGAGGAGGAGAUGACCAAGUACAAGCCCGAGUCGGACGAGCUCACGGCCGAGGGCAUCACCGAGUUCUGCCAGCGCUUCCUGGAGGGCAAGAUCAAGCCGCACCUGAUGAGCCAGGAGCUCCCCGAGGACUGGGACCGGCAGCCGGUCAAGGUGCUGGUGGGGAAGAACUUCGAGGAGGUGGCCUUUGACGAGAAGAAGAACGUCUUCGUGGAGUUCUACGCGCCCUGGUGCGGCCACUGCAAGCAGCUGGCUCCCAUCUGGGACAAGCUGGGCGAGACGUACAAGGAGCACCAGGACAUCGUCAUCGCCAAGAUGGACUCCACGGCCAACGAGGUGGAGGCGGUGAAAGUGCACAGCUUCCCCACGCUCAAGUUCUUCCCGGCCGGCCCCGGCAGGACGGUCAUCGAUUACAACGGAGAGCGGACGCUGGACGGCUUUAAGAAGUUCCUGGAAAGCGGCGGUCAGGACGGAGCAGGAGACGAGGACGGUCUGGAGGACCUAGAAGAGGCCGAGGAGCCGGACCUGGAAGAAGACGACGACCAGAAAGCCGUGAGAGACGAGCUGUGAGGCCGCAGGCCGCGAGCCGCCGGGCAGGCCUGACCACGACGCCCCGGAGCCUGCACGGGCAGCACCGCGACCGGGGCGCCCUCCGGGCAGCCGCGCACCUGACGCCCGCGCGCCAGAGCCGCCGCCUCCUGUGCUUUUCAGUUUCUGGAAAGGAAUUUAUCUCCAGGCCAGCCCGUCUUGGCGGGCAGUUUUUUAACCGUGAUGUACUUUUUUGUACACGUGUGUUGUCCGGAGGCCACACAGAUGUCCCGGAUCUCACACUGGAGAGGUCGCGGGGUCACGGCGAAUACUCCACCCGUGGGAUCUGGAGACGUUUUAGGACGUCAGGGCAUUGUCGCGCCGCAGCUGGGCCUCCCUGGAGACGCCUGGCCCCGUGCGGGGCGGGUGGAGCCAGCUGGACACAGUCCCUGCCACCUGGGCCGGCGGAGCCAGGACCGGAACGGCCCUUGCCAUUUUUUUGGUUAGACGGAGACUGUCGGAGGAGGAGGGGACUGUGGCUGCCAGCUGCGGGGCCCAGGACAGGCCUGGGCAGCCCCCUCCCUCCUCCAGCCAGGGCUCCCGUCGCCGGCGCAUUGCUCUGUGGCCGCUGGACUCUCCCAUGUGGCCUAUGCAAGGCGGAAGCAGGACCCCAAUUCCCCCGAUU